CUCAUCCACCAAGACCUCAUCUGAAUCUUUUGUUUGCCCAUUUACGCUGUCGCCAGGAACAAUCCUACACAGUCCUCUUCUAUCCUACGCCACUGCCAAGUCCUUCAAUCACUAUCUCCCCCAACCUCCCUCUACCUUUUCCCCCUCGAAUCUCCUCCCUCCCGCCCGAAGCAAUGGGCAACGACGGCGGCUCCAUCCCCAAGCGUCGCGAACUCGUCAAGUCUCCGCCCCGCAACCCGACAGUGAGCCAGCUGAAAGCAACGGCACUCGAGUCACUCACCCAUGCGUGGACCCACGAUGCCCUCACGUCAGAGCCUCUCACCCUGGAGAGCGUGGUGUCAGACUGGCGGGGGCGGCUCUACAACUACGAGACCGUGCUCGAGAAGCUGAUGCCCAGCGACGACAGCAACAACAACGACGAUGACAACACCACGCCGGCCACGGCCAAUGGUGAAUCGAAGGAGCUUAACUUCGCCUCGACGGGAAUCAAGUCUCUCCGCGAUGUCGUCAAGCUGAAGUUCAAGCGCUACUCGCCGCCCGGCGAGAAGGGCAGGGAGAUCUGGGCAUGCCCGCUGUCUCUAAAGGAGCUGGGCCCCGCCACCAAGGCUGUGUACCUGGUGCCUUGCGGACACGUAUUCGCCGAAGUCAGCAUCAAGACAAUACAGGAAGAGCUAUGCCCCGAGUGCAGCGAGUCGUUCGAGUCGGACAAUGUCAUCGACAUCUUGCCAACCGAGCAGUCCGACAUGGAGAGAUUAAGUAAGCGUAUGGACGGGCUCGUUGCGAGCGGCCUGACUCAUAGUCUGAGAAAAGACAAGAGCCAGGGAAAGAAGAAGCGCAAGGCAGACGACGCAAAGCAGGAGGGCAGAAAAUCCGAGAAGCGCAAGAACGGCGAGGGGCUGGCUAAGCCCUCGAAGGGCGCUAUCGAUAGCCGAGUGAGCGGGAUUAACAACCCGAUGACGGCGUCCCUGACAGCAAAGGUCCUUGCUGAGCAGGACGCGGCAAACAAGCGGCGGAAACUUGCUGCCGAUAGGUAAUUGCUUUUGGGGGCCGGUGAUAUGCUGGCUGAACCUUGCGGGUCAGAUAGGCAGGUUACCAUGGAUUCCAUUAUGUACGAUAGAGAGGUUAGACUUAUUUUCCAAAAGAGAUACCCCGUUUUACCAUAUGUGCAGCAAAAGAAUAUACCCAGGCCAGUUUUGAC